AUGGACCCCACCACCCGAUUGCCCGAUGAGUUCUUCCGCCAACUCCCACGUGAAGACAAGUCCAUCUGGCACCGGCUGUCCCCCCAGGCCAAGAAGAUCUUGAUGGAGUCAUCCCCACCCAAGCCCGGUCCACCUGCACGACAGGCUCACCUUUCUGAAAUGGUAGAGCAGGAUGAGGAGAAGGAUCACCCUGAAUAUGUGGAUGACACACUACCACCCACCAUGGAAGCCAAUCAAGCACAAGCCAAGCCUGGAGCAUGUCCAUUCCACUCGGCACCCCAGUCCAAGUCAAAUGACCUGCACCCGGCACACCCAGCUCGAAUGAUGGGCGCCAAACCCAAGCCACGCGAAGGUAACCUUGCUGCCAGCCACCCGAGCAAUCGAUCCGCCCACCAUGCAUUCCACCGCAUGCUGGACAACGUUGAUGACAUUGCCUCCAGUGCUGCCCAUUCUACCAAGCCUGGCCCUGAUAGAGCGGAUUUUCGGCUCGGCGACUAG